AUGACUACCACCGUCGAGAAGGUUGCUGACGCUGCCUCCGCUGCCGUCAAUGACGUUACCAACGCUCUGGCCAAUACCUCUGUUUCUGGCAAGGCCGCCGACGACAAGUCGGCUAACAAUGACGCUGUCCUUGCCAGCGCUGCCGAAGGUCGCCGCCUGUACAUCGGAAACCUGGCUUACCCGACAACCGAGGGGGAGUUGAAAGAAUUCUUCAAGGGCUACCUUGUCGAAUCUGUUUCCAUCCCGAAAAACCCUCGCACCGACCGCCCGGUUGGUUAUGCCUUUGUCGACCUGUCGACCCCCAGCGAGUCCGAGCGUGCUAUCGCUGAGCUUUCGGGCAAGGAGAUUCUGGAGCGCAAGGUCUCCGUUCAGCUCGCUCGCAAGCCCGAGUCGAACGACAAGGCUGAGGGCGCUAACGCCGAGGGCGGUGCUGAAGGCACCCGCCGCCGCCAGUCUACUCGUGGUCGUGGCCGGUCUGGCCGUGGCCGUGGUGGACGUGCUCGCGGCGGCCGUGGCAGCGGUGAUGAGAAGAAGGACGAGGACGGUGUUGCCCCUGCUGAGGGUGCGGACACCACGGUCGAGCAUGAGGCCCUGAAGGACGUCACCAACGAGGCCGCUGGUGACAGAGAUGGCAAGGCCGGCAAGGGCCAAGGCCGUCCCCGUGAGCGCCGGGAGCGAGGCCCCCCGGUCGAUGGUAUCCCCUCCAAGACCAAGGUCAUGGUUGCUAACCUCCCGUAUGACCUGACCGAGGAGAAGCUCAAGGAGCUAUUCGAGGCUUACCAGCCCCUGUCCGCCAAGAUUGCCCUGCGCCCCAUUCCCCGCUUUAUGAUCAAGAAGCUUCAGGCUCGCGGUGAGGCUCGCAAGGGCCGUGGUUUUGGCUUCGUCACCUUGGCCUCGGAGGAGCUGCAGCAGCAGGCCGUGGCUGAGAUGAACGGCAAGGAGAUCGAGGGUCGCGAGAUCGCAGUCAAGGUUGCCAUUGACAGCCCUGACAAGACUGAUGAUGACAUCAAGGGUGCCGAGGUGGAGGAGGCCGCUGGCCUUGAGCAGGCUGAGACCGCUGCCCCUACCGAUGUUGUGGCCUAG